AGUCCCUUUGUUUCAUUUUCUCUAUAAAUAAUAAAAUCUCAUUCUCUCUUCCUCAGUUCUUCUAGCACUCACAAAUAUUUUAGGUGACAAAAAUGGCAGAAAAUAUCACACAGAACACUUACAAUGAAGAAAAUAUAGAUGAUCAUUUCUCUAAGCCUCUCGCCGGAAAAAUACUUUCAAAACAAAAGUUAGGUAGAAAUGAUUCGUUAGAAAUCGAAUCCCGCAGCUUUCAUAAUCAAGCUCAUGGCUCUAAGGGUGUAAGUUGGUCAGUGAUCUUGCAACUAGCGUUUCAAAGCAUUGGAAUUGUGUACGGUGAUAUCGGAACGUCGCCGUUGUAUGUGUUUUCGAGUACUUUUACCGACGGAAUCAAACACAACGAUGAUAUAUUAGGCGUGCUUUCUUUGAUUUUUUACACUAUCACUCUCAUCCCUCUCAUCAAAUAUGUUCUGAUCGUCUUGCGUGCCACCGAUAAUGGUGACGGUGGGACAUUUGCUUUGUAUUCACUUGUGUGCCGAUAUGCCAAAGUGGGUUUAAUUCCAAGUCAACAAAAUGAGGAUCGAAACGUUUCAAAUUUUGAGCUUGAAUUGCCUAGCAAGCGUUUGAGAAGAGCAACAAAGCUCAAAAUUAAGUUGGAAAAUAGCAAUUUUGCCAAAUUCUUUAUGUUGUUUGCCACCAUGCUUGGUACUUCCAUGGUCAUCGGAGAUGGUGUUCUUACUCCUUGCAUUUCAGUUUUAUCAGCUGUGGGAGGAGUCAAGCAAGCCACAACAAAAAUGACAGACGAUAUGAUAGUGUGGAUAUCAGUAGCAAUCUUGAUUUUGCUAUUCAUGGUUCAAAGAUUUGGAACUGAUAAAGUAGGCUACAGUUUUGCUCCAAUAAUCUGUGUCUGGUUCGCAAUGAUCGGCGGCAUCGGCCUAUUCAAUUUAUUUAAGUAUGAUCCUGCUGUAAUCAAAGCCGUAAAUCCAAAGUACAUCGUUGAUUAUUUCCGACGGAACAAAGAUAAAGCUUGGAUUUCCCUCGGAGGCGUUGUUCUUGCCAUAACAGGAACUGAAGCACUAUUUGCAGAUGUUGGGCAUUUUGCAGUUCGAUCCAUACAAAUAAGCAUGUGUGCAGUUACCUAUCCGGCUCUGAUCUGCGCAUACAGCGGACAGGCGGCUUAUCUUCGAAAGCAUAAUGAUGUUGUUUCCGAAACAUUUUACGAAUCCAUUCCAAAACCUUUGUAUUGGCCAAUGUUUGUAGUUGCGGUGAUGGCAUCAAUCAUUGCGAGUCAAGCCAUGAUAUCGGGAACAUUUUCAAUUAUCCAGCAAUCUCUUUCUCUCGGAUGCUUCCCUCGAGUCAAAAUCGUGCAUACUUCAAGUAAAUUCGAAGGACAAGUUUACAUUCCUGAAGUCAAUUACCUUCUUAUGCUAGCUUGCAUUGGAGUAACUCUUGGUUUUAGAAGUACAACGAAUAUUGGCAAUGCUUACGGUAUCGCAGUGGUGUUUGUAAUGACACUAACAUCAGCAUUUUUAGUGUUGAUAAUGCUAAUGAUAUGGAAGACCAACAUUUUCUACGUAAUUGCCUAUGUGCUAACCAUCGGAGUCGUGGAGCUUGUCUACUUAAGUUCCGUGCUUUACAAAUUCGAUCAAGGAGGCUAUCUUCCAUUGGCAUUCGCUGCAGUUCUGAUGACUAUAAUGUACGUUUGGAAUGAUGUGUACAGAAGAAAGUAUUAUUAUGAGCUUGACAACAAGAUUUCUCCUGAUAAGCUCAAGGAAGUUGCUUCCGAGACUAGCCUUAGUAGACUUCCGGGACUUGCCAUGUUCUACUCGGAACUAGUUCAUGGUAUUCCUCCGAUCUUCAAGCACUAUGUGGAAAAUGUCCCUGCGCUUCACUCUGUUCUUGUUUUCGUCUCCAUUAAGUCACUCCCGAUUGGAAAGGUUCCGGUGGAAGAAAGAUUCCUUUUCCGCAGAGUAGAACCCAAGGAACUCAACGUGUUUCGCUGCGUAGCAAGAUAUGGAUACACGGAUGUUCGGAAUGAGGAGGAGCCUUUCGAGAGGAUAUUGAUCGAGAAGCUGAAGCAGUUUAUCGUAGAUGAUUUCUGGUUGAAUCAAGCAAUUGAGAAGGAUCAAGAAUCGGAAGAAGGCGAAAACAUUAGCCAUGAAAAUGGAGAUGGAAAUCAAGAAAACCAUGAGAGGCUAUCGAGUGAUGACAUGGAUCGUCAGAUUGAGAUCAUAGAUAAAGCGUGGCGUGCCGGUGUAGUUCAUUUGAUGGGAGAGACUGAGGUAAUUGCAGGAAAAGGAGCAAAUAUAGUGAAGAGGAUAUUAAUAGAUUAUGCAUAUACUUUCUUGAGGAGGAAUUUAAGGCAAAGUGAGAAAGUGUUUGAUAUUCCUCAGAAGCGUAUGCUUAAAGUGGGUAUGACUUAUGAACUCUAGUUUUUAUCAAGUACUAGUUGCUACAAGCAAGCCUAUCGAACUCUAGUAACAAAAGGUUCCUGCUUCAGAUGUGUAGAAAUUUAAAAUUUUACCUUGUCAAAUAUAAUUAGAAUGGUAAUUAUAUCAAUAUAUAUAUAAUCAUGCUUAUAAUCUGUUAUUAGUA